AUGGGCGAGGACGGCAUAAAACUGCUUCAGCAGAGGCUGGCCGAACGAACCCGCGAACAUAAAGCAACUCGCGAAGCAGCCCUAGAGAACAAAUUUCGUAAGCUGGCUGCUCCAAUGUCAUCCAAGAACGACAAACUGGUGCACAACCUGUCGUCAAAGGAGCUGACGGAGGAACAAAUGCAGGUUUUACGGCAUGAGGCCUCAUUCAACACAGCCGAUGCCAAACCUGCCAACAUGAUCGCAGCAGUGGAAUCAAUCCUCAGCCAGACGGAAGCGACAGACGAAACGAAGAACCUCAUUCGACAUCAAGUGUCCUCCCUCCUCAUGGCUCAUAGGCCGCGUGAAGUGCUUUCCAAGGUCGAGCGUGAUGCACUUAAGGAACUCAGGGCCGACAACGACCUCGUUAUCGUGCCUGCGGACAAGGGGCGUUCAACGGUCGUAUUGGACAGGACAGACUACAAUCAAAAAGCCAAAAGCUUGUUGGAGGAUCGUCAGUCCUAUGUCCCAUGCGAAUCCAACCCCAUGAAAACGCUGACACGCGAGAUUAACGCGACGCUGUUGGCAAUGGAGAACUCAGGUGCAAUAUCGCCAGUCGACCGACGCAUGGCGAGAGCACAAGAAACGGCCCUAGCCCGAUUUUACGGUCUCCCAAAAGUGCACAAAGAGGGCGUUCCUCUCCGGCCUAUCGUAUCACUAAAGGGCACUCCAACCUACGGACUGGCAAAGUGGCUGUUCCAACGUCUCAAGUUUCUGACCUCCGAUUCGAACACCACAGUCAACUCGUCAACGCAAUUCUUGGAGAAACUUAAAGGAGUAAGUCUCCUGCCAAGCGAUAUCAUGGUUUCCUUUGAUGUCACGUCCCUUUUUACUUCUAGCCCGCAGGACCUGGCAGUCGAGACCAUCGAACUACUCCUACGAGAAAAAUACGACGAAACGUAGAAUCGCCUCGGACACGCCCAAAUCAUCCAGCUCCUCAAGUUCUGUCUCAAGACGUACUUUACGUUCGACGGAACAAUCUACGAGCAGGUGAAGGGAACGCCAAUGGGUUCGCCGAUUUCGGGACUCCUAGCCGAGGCGGUCCUUCAACGGCUGGAGUCGCUGGUUUUCCGACACCACAGACCGAAAUUUUGGGCUCGGUAUGUGGAUGACACCUUCGUCGUCAUCGAACAGGAUCAGGUGCUGACGUUCAAAGAACAACUCAACGCCGUCUUCCCGGACAUCCAAUUUACGAUGGAGGAGGAGGAAAACAAUCAGCUGGCCUUCCUAGAUGUCCUCGUCUGCCGCAAAGAUUGUGGUGGCCUAAAAACCAAAGUGUUCAGGAAAGCGACAAAUACGACGCAAAUACUGAACUUCAAUAGCAACCACCCGAUCAGUCGCAAACGCAGUUGCGUAAGGGCGGUAUACCGGCGCGUUGAGACGCACUGCAGUGAAAUGGAAGACAAGGUUGCUGAACUACAAUAUCUUCAACGGGUAAUGAGAGCCAAUGGUUACCCGCGCAGCUUUGUCAACCAGUGCAUACGAAAAGGACACCAGAGACCAAAUCCAACCGGACCCAAAUUUUGGCGGGCUCUUCCGUACGUGAAGAACGUCUCGGAAGCCGUCAGUCGUCUUCUCACUCCACUUGAAGUUGGGGUUGCACACAGGCCGGAAGCAACCAUUAGGCGCCAAGUCAUGAGGCCAAAAGACCCGCUGCCACGGCAGGACACGUCUGGAGUCAUUUACCGGAUCUGGUGUAGUUGCGUACAAAGCAAUUAUGUCGGAGAAACUGGGAGAUUACUCCGUACGCGAAUUGCUGAGCACGCAGCAGCAGUGAGGUGGGGAGACGCUAACUCUCGGGUGGCGGCACACUCGACGGGACCCGGCCAUAUUUUCACAUUUCUAGAGGCCGAAAUCCUCGCAAGGGGUGACAACCGCGUGAGCCACGAGCUGCUCGAGUCAUGGUUCUCAGGCCCGCAAUCCAUCAACAAGCACAAUGACCUCCCGGUACCCUAUAGCGUACUGCGAUUUUCCCUGGGCAGGAGAAUCAGUCACGUGGGGAGGGCGCGGGCGAGCAAUCAUCACGGUGACAGUGAGCCAGUUUGCCGAGCAAUCGUCACACCAGCAUCCAGCACGGAUGACGAAAUCGCGGCAAUUAACGACUCGGACUCGGACCGACAAGCCACCACCGCAUCAAUUACGGCCCCAGCGGUGAUUACGAGAACUGUUAAUUGCAGUGCGCAUGCGGUCCCACGGCAGCCACGUGCUAUAAAUACUGCACUCCUGGUGCCACAAUCACCUUUAUCUGCUAAUGUCUCUGAUGAUGGAUUCGAGUAAGUAUCCGAAACGUCAGGCAAAUAAAUUUCUUGUUCCGGUGAUCGCAUCUUCAUCUUCUGAACUGCUACCUGGAACUCGCCUGUUCGCUUCUAUCAGCAGACUGAUUUCUGAUUAUUAAUCGGGACACCACUUUCCAAUGACCAUCCAGGGACAGGAUGAAGGACAUUCUUCCUAAAAUGAUCAGGAGUCUGGUUUUUAAUAAGAUUGCCAACAACUAUAUCUUCGGCAUACUUGACAUAAAGGCGGUCAAUGGACAAUCCCAGAUUAUUGACGUAGUAGUAGGAGAUGUGAAAAUAUGAGAUGGAACCUUCCACGGAUACACGGUUAUAUGGAAGAAGGGUGGACUUCCGCUUACCAGAAUGGACCAUUUGAAUAUGGAAGGCAGAAAGAUCAUUAAAUCGUAAACUAUCCCAACAGAAGAAAUCCACAGGAGAAGUCUGCCUUUAUCUUACCAUCUGCGAAGUAGGGUCGAGGUUAUGAGCGUAAAAUUAUCGUCUUAUUGGUUUGCUCGCGUUUUGCAAAUGGUCAUGGGACUAAUUAUUAAGAGGCCCUUAAUGGCAGUUUCAUUUGCAGAGUAUAACUUCCUUGAUUACAUUAAAAUAUUCAGAGAUAGUAAAGAACAACUGUCCAUAAGCAUGAGUCCGACUCGAGCCGGCACGUGGCCUGGACUAUUUAGAGUUCAGUUCAGUUCAGUAUCGCAAGACGAUUACAGCAAUACAAAUUACUCGGGAUUAAUCCCACUGUUCAUUUUGAAAUUCACCCAUCCACGCUUCCAGGAGGCGUGAUAUUGUCGUCGAUUUUUAAUGAUUAAUUAAUUGGAAUUGGGCAAACGAAAAAAGAGUAAGGCCAAAGUAAAGGUGCGAAAAGAAACCCUAUGAUGAAAGACGCUUAUGAUGUCACGACGGCCAAAAUAUCCGACAUUUGUCCGCAAAUUUUUCUGAUCGCAUUCGAAGUGAAACUAAAGGUUGUAAUACAAUGAUAUAUCGCACUUUUAGAACACACAUUGUCAAGCGGCAUAAAAAUUAAACCCACAUUGCGCUGUGUAAGUGUGUGAAGCCCCGAGUCGCCUCAACAUAUUUAUUCACUUACAGUAUCAUUGUGUUCUGCAGUCUUCUUUACAUACCAAACUGGUGGAUUAAAAGGGACUUCCUUCUUUUUAAAUAGCAAGGUUGGAAAUCGCAACCUACGCUCUUCUAAUUAUACAAGCUACAUAAAAGCUCAUGGCUGGUCAGGACAAAUUUGCUCAUCAAAUAAUUAACAGUGAAACGUAUAGUUGUGGAAGUGAUGCAUCUCUCAAAAAAAUGUUUGGCCUCAAUACCUCACAUCCACAAGUAUUAGUAACCACAAGUCUGUCCCGGCUGAAGACUUCAUAAAAAUAUGGUGACGCCUAGACAGUUAAACGUGCAGUAGCCUAUAUCUUCAGUCAGUCAUUCAGUCAGUGUGUUUGAGGGAAAUAGUCUUACGCCUCUGAACUCCUAUUUGUACAUAAAAACCGAUAAAUAAGCAAAAUGUGAAGAAAUUACAGCAUUAAGUGAAUGCAGACAUUGAUUCGCAUAUGCCAGUGGUCUCAUGGCUAAAAAGUCACAUAGUCCGCUUAUCGCUGCAGCAUAUUUCUGUCAAGCCGACAUUUAAAUGUCGCUACAGAUUGAGACCUGACAAUCGUCUCGGGCAGGUUAUUCCACGGUUCCACGACACGGUUGGAGAAGAAAUACUUCCUGAUAUUUAAUCUUCCCUGGGGCUCACGUAGCUUGAAGGGAUGUCCCCGGAGGUUAGUUGUUGUGGCGAGUUGGAAGAAGUCAUCGCAACGAAGGGCGCAGUCCAAGCCCCGCACGAUACAGAAAGUUUGUGUCAAGUCUCCGAACAACUGCCUAUAACUCAGAGGAUAGAGAUUAAGGUUAGUUAAGCGGAUCUCGUAUGACAGUGCACUUUGACCUCUUAUUAAUAUUGUUGCUCGCCUCUGCACCCUUUCUAUCAGAUUGUAAUCCUGAUGCGUCCAUGGUCUACAGGCCUGAACUGCGUAUUGGAGAUGCGGUCUUACAAACGUGCCGAAGACUUUGGAGAAGCAGUCUUCAUCGAAAACUGCGAAUGCCCGCUUGAUGGCAUAUAGCAUUGAAGUUGCGGUCUUGGCCGCCUUACAACAUUGUGUAGAAGGCCUUAGGCGGUCUGCAACACAGAAUCCCAGAUCUUUCAGCGUUUCUGCAUCUCGGAGUGGUAUUCUGUUCAGAUGGUAUCGUCGCGAACUAAGGAUCUGAUUUUCAUGGAGCCUUCAAAUGGUGGAUUUAUGGACAGGCAUAUUAACUUUGAGAAAACCACUCGAAACUAUGCGAUGAAUAAUAAACAAUAUAUGAAGAUGCGCUAGACACGAAAACCUUAGUCCUUAAUGGGAAAUGUUGCGCUUAGUGCAUGGACAGAUCCAAAGAAAAAAUUGGAAAGUCGUACGAAGAUGCGCCGUUGUACAGACUCACCAAAUGUCAGGACAUGAACUGUAAUGUGCCCCUGUAGAAACCAAGAAUCCUCUGUGCGUUUCCACUAAGUCCCUAGCUGGUCUCUGUUAAGUGCUUGCUGAAUUCGUGAAUUCACGCUUUACAAGGUGUAUUGGCAUAAUAAAUCUCAGUGGAAUUUGAAAACGACUAAAAUGGAAUCAGACACGGAGGCUUGAUUUGUGAACCGUAAAUGCCAAGCGGUAGUGAAAUUUGAACACUCUUUGAUGUCUUAAUUAUAGCGAGUCUGCUCGAUAACUUACCGCUGUUCUUGCUUUUUUUCUUUUGUGUACAUCUUAGCGCAUUUUAUCACGAGUACGUAGAAGUUCAGAUGUACAAGGAAGCUUGAAGACGAAAUGGGAAACAUAUACUGACCUAUAAUACUUUCUUUAAUGGGUUUUUUGCAUACUUAUAAACGCUACCGUUGACAUAUAGGUGACGAAAAGAAUCUUCUACCACGAAAAACCCUUAUAUAGCAAAUAGCCUUUAAUAGGUCGUAAUUGACUGAAUCGUCUUUUUAAUCCCCGUGCAGAUACUAAAUUAACUGACACUUUUCUACAUUCCAAAUGCUUUCAACUUCUAGCAAUCGUGCGCGACUGCACUACUUCGUCCUAUUCUUUCUUCCGCUCAUUAUAAGUCUACGCGCAUAAGUUCCCUCCCUGUGCAGACUAACAAUGUCUAAAUCUUUCAUUCGGCCUCUUUCGUUUAGCACCAGAAGUCUGGUCAUCAUGUCGCAAGUGCAGAUUCCCAGUCCCGAAUAAAAGAUUAUUAUUUAGCAAAAGCUGUCGGAAAUGGUUAGUGGAUCGGUUUUUAUAAAAGAUAGCGUCCGAUAUCCAGAGCCUUUGUUUUAGUCGACUGUUGGAAGACUUGAAAACAGGCGUUUUUUGGACUUGGAAAUUGGGUCACUUGUCGGUCGCGUGAACUAAUUCUAAAUGAGCAUGCCAGAUAACUACUUUCCCGUUCCCAAACCAAGAUGUGUUAUCAAUUGGAAAAGACAACUGGAAACAGAGGAAAUGUCUAAAAAUCCGCAAAUUAAAUACCGUCUUUUAGUUCUUCACGACACACAUAAAGAGGUAGGCAUAAUUUUUCAGAACAAUCAAUUCUUAGGAAUCAGAACGUCACACAUCACUGGCGUCAGCAUCAGAAAGAUCAGAAGAAAGGUACAAGAAAUCUGCCCGAAAAAGAAUAUGCAUUUCUAAGGACCCUCAAGAAAAUGAACUAGAAAUCGUAAGAAGAUAUUUCUAAAAUUAAUUAGUUAGCUUGGUUGCUCAACCGAACAGUUUUCUAUCCUUCGCGGUCCAAAAAAGGAAUCAUGUGGCAGCAAACAACCGGAGCGGCCUUCAUCUUGUUUUCUCUCAUGUGGCCAUAACCACCAUAACCUUAAGGUUUCUCCCUUGCUGCUGGGUUUGUAUAAACUACUGCCUUGACGGUUCUGUCCGUUUUACCCAGUUUUCCUGUUUGUUACCAACUUUGUAUAGUGAUUUAAGUAACUCUACGGAAUUUUUGGUUUAAGCUUUCUUCUUUACAAUUUGGUGUCUUCAUAUAACAAUUUGGUAUUUUAAGCAUUACCGUUUCGUCGUGUGAACUGCCGUAUAUUUUGUAAAUGUUGGCCGGAGUAAUCCCGUGGCAGUAGAGGCCCUCGAGCAGUUUUUGGUUGCAGAAACAUCCGAAUAGUUAGUUAAAUUCUGACUCACCUACUUCUUCGCUGUCACUUUGAGUUGAAGGAAGUCAGAUGGGUGUUUCUAUGGCGAUUGAAACAUUAUACAGAAAAGUGCACUUUUUAUACUCCUCUUUAAGUAUAUAAUAAUGGACCCACAUUUGAGAAACAAGACAGUUUUUCACAAUUUCCGAUUAAAAAGCCAAAAGAUUUUCACGAACAACUAUAUACGUCUUUUGGCGUUUUACUGUCUCCAAAAUGUCCUUUUGGUGCGAAACAAUUAAAGGAGAAAGUAAAUCGUACACUAUCAAAACGACGAUUAGUUAAGUAGUCCAACACUGAGUAGCGACGUUGCCAAUAAUCUAAGAUACGCUUUUUUAGAAAGUUGUGAAGUAUUCUUUGGUAAUAGACACAUUGGCCUUAUGUUGCUGUAAACAACACCUUGCUGACCAUGUCGCAGACUUCUGUUGGAUCGCACAUACUUAGCUACUUAUUAACCGAGUUUCUGGACGAUUUUGCUAUUUGUAGAGGGCUGCUGUCCCUGGACCAGGUACAUACGACCCCUAUUUUGGGGAGGAAUCUGAAAGUAACAGGAGAAAUGUGCCAAAUUUCCAUAAAAUGUCCAAACGACCUGAGAUUUUUGAUCUGGUAAGCGCAUGAACUUACUGUUUAUGUUUUCUAGUCUGUCUAACCGGUUUAUCUUAUAGGUUUGUCCGUAUCAAUCUUUUCAUUAUGUUUCUUAAAUUGGAAAUGUUUAAGGAGCUCUUGGAUUGUUAUUUGUUUUUAACGAAACUUUUCGGGGUACAGAAUGCAUUUUUGUAUCACGUAAACCGUUAUGAUCUUAAGUGCAUAAUUUUGGACUUUUUUACAUCUGCCUUCUGAAAUUAUUACUAUUAUUCCGUCACCUAAAAUACGUAUUGCCUAUUUCCUGGUAUCCCAGGUUAGUUCGAGAGGGAAAUAUUUAUUGGCAUUCAUAAUACUAAUGAUGACUAAAAAUCCCAGAAUGAGUUAUUUUUAAGAAGCCAGCUCUUCUUUUAAAGAAGACAAAUAUGCAGAGGAUCUCGCAAUUAUUAAUAAUUUUAAAUAAGCUAGCUCAGACUCUUAGUACUGGCAGGGACUCGAAACAGUUAUGACAAUUUAAAGAUAAUUUUCCUCCAAUAUUUCUAUUUUGAAUGUGGUGUUUCAGUACUUCGACUGAGCAAAUAAUUUCUGUUUAAACCAUGGACAAAUUUAACAGGGACAAAUCUUCUCUCCCCCGGUUUUUGUAGACUUAGGACGUAAUCAAUACUCAAGCCUAUGAUACGAUAUAUGUUUAUUGGCCCCCAUGCGAUACUGGGCAAUUUAUUAUGACAUUAGAAUAGUAGGGGUUCAUAUUUUGCAUAAAAUGUAGGAACCCUGAUGGACGUUAAUGAUUUGGCUAAUUAUGCUUUCUUUCCUGGUUGCUAGUAUCCUAUCGCUUCGUUAAUUUUACAGAGAAAAAGCUACAAAGACCUUAACAUAUACAGCGAAAUUCUGUCCGCAACACAAGUUGUGGCCGUUCUACAUUGACGAGAACGUCUCUACCUCCUGAGUCAUAGGGACUUAUUCAUGCACAUAUUUAAGGCGACUUUCAAAGUAUCAGACUGGUGUUCCUCUCAACUACCGCCCUCCCCAAACUCCAACGGCCGCAAGCGCGAAUUUCCCAUUCACAUUUCUACCCUCGAGGAGGCGUAAAUGCAAAUCAGAAUUUACAAUAUUUUCUCAUCCAAACAUACUUUCAUGAUCCUGACAGGAAUGACAACUGCAUGGGUUUUCAAUCCUACCAAGACUAAAUUUCACUUGAAUACUUGAAUUCAUAUAAAUUACGAAUUCCUAAUUACCAUAGUUGGUCAUCUCACCUUGUCCGUACGUUCUUCUUAUGCCAGUAGGAUCAUCGCAGGCUGUGAUAUUCCGUCCUUCUAAGGAAUCGGUCCAAGAUAAUAUUGUGUUUGACAGCCCUUCAUACCAGAAAUCGACAAUGAAAAUGCAGCUUUGGGGCCAAUCAUGGUGACGACUGCUACCUUACGACAACCUCGUGAUCGUAAACGUAUUUCCGCAUGCCGCACCCGCUUUAUCCAUUAUAACCGACACCAGAUGGAACCAGUAUAUUUCCUUAUAUAUGGAUGGCUAUGGUAUGGGUGGCUACCUCCGUAGACUCUAAAAGGAAUCAUAUUUUUCAACACAUAAGGCACAUUUUUUAAACAAAGCCGUUGUUUUCCCUCAGUAUUUGAAAGAGCUAAGGGGGUAUCCUUAAGCAUGCGUCCACUCUAUCGUCUUACAUAUCUUCUCAAGAGGCUGAUCCUCUACCAACUGAAAUCAUAUAAAUCUCGCCUUUUACCCACUCAUAUGUGCCUCUCUUCGUUGAUGUAACCUCUGUGUUCCCAUGCACAAUUUAUGUUGUCUGAAGAGGGGUUGUUGUAACCAGCUCGAAAGUUCACGAAUGCUAAUCCGUUUUCCGAGAGGCCCUCGUCUAAAUACUGCCUCCGGAUGCACACUACUUUCGCUAUUCAAUGUAUGUAAAUACAUAUCAUUUUUAUCAUUCGCUAUCCGAUGCAUCAUGAACCAAUAUUUGUAUUCGGCUUGCGUGGGUGAAUAUUCUACUUCUGCCGUCUUUUAUUUAGACCCCAAAUCUAGGCCCUGGUUCUUUUGAGACAACGAGCUUUGUUGAGAGCCUAUCUGAUAAAACCAAUGCCCAUCGCGGUCGUUUCCUCGCUGCAGAACGCUUUCCUUCAAAGCCGGGAGAACGUAUCUACUGGGAGUCUACACGAACUCUUCCUCCCGAUGUAAAGGUCAGCCUUUAAACUAUUUAUUUAAAAAACGUUGCUUUAAUACUCACAAAGUCAACAAAACGUUUGCAAGAACAUUUUGCCACGUUUUGAUGCGUCUAAUCUUCCUCGGUUUUUCGCUCUUCCCAGAACCAAGUUUCUCCCAACUCCUACGAGAAUAAGCCCCUCCACAAAAGGAUUGUUGUGCGCGGCAGAAAGAAGGCUCCUUUUCUUUCUUCAGUGCCUCGGACUCCGUGCGACAACUUGUUGGGUCCUAUGGUCAGGAAGUUGAUCUCGUUUCUAAUCGUUUUUUGCUUCCUCCAUCAAAAACAACCUUAUACUCGAUAAAUUAGACGUAAAUGAGCCGGAAAAAGUGUACGCAAAAAAUUAAGCGUAAAACUCUUUUAUAAGACUCUCCUUAUUUGUAAAAUAUGAAAAUUUGGAACUAAUUCGAGGUCGGUUGUCAAGAAGGCCGAACUAAAACAUUGCCAGCUCCUAGCGAACAUGUGCUAACGAAUUAAUGGGACUUAACUGAUUCAAAUCGGACGUCUGCAAGAACCAAUGCAGGUUCUGAUCCGAAAGCUUAAGUUGCAUGUAUUAUAAGCAAAUAUACACUCAUUGACUUGACAAGUUAAGUGUGCCUAAAUUGACGAGCACCUUUACUCACUCUGAAACUGGUCUUAAUUUAUUGGCCGAAACUUCUAGAUAAUAAUAAACAGUUGUAAGUGAGAUGGAAACAAAGAGACUCAUGAAUGUACUAGUGUGUUGUUUAGAAAUAACAUUUUUUGGAAAAGCGGAAAUGUCCGAAAACGCCAAAAAUAUUUUAUAACUAGUGAAAUUGAGGCUUUUAAGUGUGUUAAGGCUUUCCGUGCAAAAGAAUGAACGUGUAGUUUACCCGUAAAUUUUCUCCAAAAAGUAGUGUACUACCAAGCAUUGAAGUUAGCCAACAGCGUACAGUUUGAAUACAGAUUCGAAAACUGCGUCACGAGAAUCUCCUGUGCUUUUUCCAUAUUUUUGCAUUGCUUGAGAUGCGCUCAAUUAAAGUAAAGGGCCUUUCGCUCCGAUUCGCCGGUACGGACGUCGCAUGAAUAACGCUUUCAUAAGGUCACGUUUGACGGGCCGUUCAGUGAAUACGGAAAUUCGAUGGAGUUGGCUGAGGCGAUUAUAAGCAUACGGUUUUAGUUUGUCAGAAAACUUUUCUUCCGAAAGAGUACUGUAUGUUUUUUGUUGACAGGAGAGUCUUUGGGAUUUAGGGUGCUUUUUGUAGAAUUAAACCUCAGAUUUACAAAUUGGACCUUUUAAAAUCGACAAAACUUGCUUGUUUAUAUUCUGCCUCACUGGACUUACGCCAAAAAACAUUACUUCUUAGGCGUGGUAAGCUUCUUUUAUUAAAACUCGUGUUUAGAUUACUCUCCCUCGUAGAAAGAUAUGCGUGGAUGUGCAAACUUCGUCUGGGGGCAGCCAUUAACAUAAGAGAUUGCUCGAAAAUAAGUUAAAAUUGAUAUCCGCUCAACUUGGCAAAUAUUUUGCCCAGGAAAAUUACUUAAAACUGUAUGUAUUUUGUGAAAAAAGAACGUUGUCUGGAACGAGUUUGGCGAAUAUGUAAACUUCGAAACGCUUUGAGUGGCCCGAAUUGAUCAUUUAAAUUUCCGUCGCCACAGUUAAUGAGUUAGGUUUCGUACUGUAUGAUUACAAAUGUGAUAUCAUGUUCCUUCCUCGACGUUCCCGUUCUUAUUAUGGCAAAAACUGGCAUUUAAUGUUACAAUUUCCUUGGCCCGUCGACUUUUGCAGAUUAAAUGGUGGUCCGUUUCUGGGCAAGUUGCCGACUUUGGUCCGUGCUAAAAACCAGUUAACGCGCUCGAGCUUACAAAUAAAGAAGGAUUCGAAGAACUUGCAGUUAACAACUUAACUGACUGCUCAGUGACGCAAACCCCAGAUGAAUGUUCACUUUUCAGCAUGUUUGUAAUAUUAAUUGUUCUUUUCAUACUUACUCGAGUCUGCCGACGACCUGACGAACCAGCGUCGAAAAUUCACCUAAUAAAGAUUCUUCAUUUUUUCCAAACGACGCGUUUGGCCGAGAGGAGGGACGAGGGAGAUUGAUACCGUACUGUUUGCGGUUCGCGUACCAUGAAUUUUUCUUAUUGAAUUUCGAUGCUCUCAAAAAUUAAAUUAUAUUUGAUUAACAAAACAUGCAUAAAAAUAUUCAUUCAUUUACUCAUUUGGUAGAAAAUUACUUCUUGCAAUUUUAUGCUUGACGAAAGGGUAUAAUUUGCUUUCAAAAAGUUUCUAAUUGUGCGAUUUUUAAUAUUGUGAAGUGCCCGUACAUAAAGCAUCGUGCCUCUGCAUUAAAUAAUGUAACUUCUGAAGUUUGCAAUAUGACUCAAAUCCACUGCUAAAUUUUAUGAACCGCAUAUGAUCUCCCCUUAAAACCGUAGAGCAAUUCAUAGUUUUCUGUACGCGGAAAAUAUACGGCCUGUAGUUUAGAAUCCCUGAAUGCAAGUGUAACGACAGGUCGUGUUCAAACUUAUUCGGGAAUCGGAAAUGUUUAUGAAGACCAAAUGAUUCCCUUUCUUCAAGCAUAGAACUGGAAGAAGUAAUUUUCUACCAAAUAAGUAAAACAAUGAAUAUCUUUAUGCACGUUUUCUAUGAAAUAUAAUUGAAUUCUUAAGGGCGUCUAAAAUCAAUGAGACAAAUUCAUGCUACUUAAGUAGCCACUUUUUACUGAGGGUGGUUUUUGCAUGCGGCUGGAAAGAAGUUCGUUCGAAAGCCAGGAUCCCGAAGUAACUGAAUUAUUAUAGAAUAAUGCUGCACGAUGAUUAAUUUUACAACUCUGCUUAAGUAAUCUAUUCGAAAAGAAAACGUCUUUCAGAAUUUCGGUUAACAUUUCAUGAGUUAGCACACUUACUGUAUAUGGGCUAUAUAUAUGUGUGUGGAAAAAAACUGAAGUAGUAUGCGUCUCGAGGUAAUAUAAUAAAAUAACAAAGCUCGUUGAAAGAAGAGUGUUACUUGUAAAUUCUUAAACUGGCUACACUAACCCGUCAUCUGAGGAAAUGAAUAGCGAGGGGCGAGAUUGCCACACUGAUUUUUGACAGUGCAGACGACGACAGUUCGUCCGUCGAUUUCGACGAUGACCACCGUGUGCCCCACAGACUGCAUUGUGGGAGCAGGGACGGUGACUUACGCAGGGGUUUAUAGUGCCAGUAGACUUGCGUAGCAUAUACCUACACUCUCUCCUCCUCCCCCGCCUGGGCCCGGUGUCAAGACAGAGUCAAGAAGACCGGAGACGGGGGAGGCCGCAGGUGGAUGGCUCGGACGGAUCUUCGCCUUGGCGCUCCACUCCGCACCCCUGGUCCACACACCAAGACCAGGAUUUUGACCACAAAACAAUGGGGUGGAGGCAGUGGUCCAGCUGUGCGACGAAUGCCGACAACAGGGUCGCCAGCGCACCCCGCAAAUGUUGGCAUUUGUUAUUGCGCACAGAUAACGCCUGCCAAAGUCCGAUGUGGCCCCCGUGUUGGUCCAGCGCAUCUAACACGUGGCCCGUUUGGAGGGAACGACAGUGCAGACAGAGACAAGCAGACGGCCUUGCGAGAAGGGUGUGCAGGAGGUGAGGAAAGGUGUUAUGGGUCUCAGUUGCAGCUCACCGUGUUUUGAGUGGCAGGGAGGAGGAGAUGACGUGUCGGUGAGAUCUUACAUGUCCGGACAUGCAUUAUCAAUCAGUGCACCGUGAUCGGAGACCCUCGUAGAGGACAUGCAGUUAAGCAUGCCGCUUAAUGCUUUCCACAUUGUAAUAGCAAGCUUUGAGGAAUUCCCACGCAUGUUUGGUGUCCGCAAUGGCGACCACUUUGGUACCGUCCCAAUUAAAACAACAAUCAAAAUCAAGAGCGUGCGCAAACACCAGGGAUGAGGGUUCAUGUCGACGGAUUGCCGGCUUGUGUUCGUUAAUGUGAGUCCCAAGUCGUCGAUCUGUGUGACCAACAUAAACGCAACGUCAAUUAGUGCACGGAUACAGUAAAUUACGCUAGUUUGCUGUUCUUUGGUAUGGUUCCUUUACCUGGGAUAAUGCUGCGCGCAGAGAAAACACCGGCUUAUGGGCGGUGCAAAGGCCAAACCGAUUUAAUUUUCGGGCGAUCACGUCAGAAAUGUUUCCCAUGUAAAACAAGAAAGAGUAUUUCCUUUUUCCUUCCAUUAGCCUGAGGAAAUACCAGGUGCACCGAUGUUGAUCGCAAAUAAUAAGUCGAAAGAUGUAAUUGUCUUUUUGGUGUGGGGAAAGGGGUAAUGUACUCGGUGUGCAUGUCAUUUUCGCUUGCCACAGGGUCUUCCUGAGCGAUAACAUCUUCCGGUAAAAACUCCCUUAGAUUUUUCCGUUAAUGUAUAGAGUAUUUAAACUUCCAUUGUGUAGUGGAUCAUACUAUUGUCACAUGAAUGUUAUUGUCUUCAGAACUAUACUGGGCCAGGAAGGUAUGUCCUCCAAGGUCCCAGCUACUCAUCGCACGUCCCGGCUGCAACCUUCGCUUUCAACUCAAAGUCGAGGGCACGCAUGUCGCUCCCCCAAGCAGUUCUUUUGGAGUAA